UUUCUGGCCAUCACUUAAGUAUACGUGCUUGCUUGUCAUCAUCAAAAUCUAUGGGAAUUUGUAUAUCUCUAGAUGUGUUGGUUUGACUUGACAUUGCAUGCUAACUAUCUCAGGGAUGCCAUUUUUCUUUUGAUUUAGGUAGCUAAGCUACGUAACCAGCUAGCCGUCAGCCUGCUGGCUAAUGAAGCUGAUGAGCCAAGCUAACCACAUAGCGGUAGUAUCGAAUAUCUACUGUCAUAACAUUGUAUUUACAUGUAAAGUCACGCACGUUAACUACCGCUCCAUUUAUUGACGACGUCUGCUGCAGACUGACGUUAGCUAACCUGAAGAAACGACAAAUUACUGUAGCUACAUUACGUUAGCAUGUAGCUUGCUAGCUACGUUACAGCUCGUUUAUUCGAUCCCGCAGAGAUGUAGCGCUAGCGGUGAGAUCAACGCUGAAAACCAGUCAGCCCUAACGUCAACUACCAGUGCAAAUUUCACCUAUUAUCACAUCCAAAUACUCAUAAUUCUUUUAGCAUUUAAUGCGAACUUAAGCUAAUUAACGCUGCCAUUAAUACAAUUUAUCUUGCUAACAUGAAAUGGCUUGCAAAAUAUAUCCAACAAUCUUUCCAGACUGUCAGUGUUCAUAUUCACAUUAUGCUAACUUCGAGCUAAUGUCGAUGCUAGCCAACGUUAGCCAGCCCUGUUGUCUGACUAUCAUCGUCGGCAUCUCUUUGUUUUGUGAGCCAAUGACCGAAAAAGACUGAUAACGUUGCCUAACGUUACUCACUGCAAAGAUGUCAAAGAGACCAUCCUAUGCCCCUCCCCCUCCCCCUGCCCCUGCAACUCAAAUGCCCAACACUACCGGGUUUGUGGGGUACAACCCAUACAGCCACCUGGCCUACAACAACUACAGACUGGGAGGGAGCCAAAGCAGCAACAGUCGGGUAACGAAUUCUUCUGGAAUAAAUAUCCCAAAGCCACCCAAGCCACCGGAUAAGCCAUUGAUGCCAUACAUGAGAUAUAGUCGUAAGGUUUGGGAUCAAGUAAAAGCCUCCAAUCCUGAUCUGAAGCUAUGGGAAAUUGGGAAGAUAAUCGGUGGCAUGUGGAGGGACCUCACUGAUGAGGAGAAACAGGAUUAUUUGAAUGACUACGAAGCAGAGAAGAUUGAGUAUAAUGAGAGCAUGAAGGCCUAUCACAACUCGCCAGCCUACCUGGCCUACGUCAAUGCAAAAAGCCGGGCCGAGGCAGCUCUGGAAGAGGAGAGCCGCCAGAGGCAGUCCAGACUGGACAAGGGCGAGCCUUACAUGAGUAUUCAGCCAGCAGAGGAUCCAGAUGAUUACGACGACGGGUUUUCUAUUAAGCACUCGGCUGCAUCUCGUUUCCAACGCAACCACCGCCUGAUCAGCGAGAUCCUCAGUGAGAGCGUGGUCCCAGAUGUGCGGUCAGUUGUUACCACGGCUCGCAUGCAAGUCCUCAAACGCCAGGUCCAGUCCUUGAUGGUCCACCAGAGAAAGUUGGAGGCGGAGUUGCUUCAGAUUGAAGACCGCCACCAGGACAAGAAAAGAAAAUUCAUCGAAGCCACAGAGUCGUUCACAAAUGAGCUCAAAAGGCUGUGCUGUAUGAAGGUGGAAGUGGACAUGGAGAAGAUUUCUGCAGAGAUUGCUGCAGCAGAAGAGGCAGCCCGCAAACGGGUGGCAGAACGAGAGAAGGAUGCCGGAGACCGAGGUGCAAGAGAGGCCCCCACCUGUGUUUUAGCAGAAGAAGAAAAACACAUUUGUGCAACACAUGGCAGCAAGUCCCAGCAAGGCUCUCUCAGUGAAAGCAGCAACAAGGAAGGCGAGGACACAGAAUCCAACACAGAUACACCAGGGAAGCCGAAGGCCGCAGAGGUGCUUGAGGCUCAUCCAGGCAGUGAGGAGGGGGCGUCAGAGGACAAGGAGAGCGUCCCGGAGGGAGCCAUGGAGGAGGGAACCAGCGACAGUAACACAGGAUCAGAGACCACCUCUGCUCAGACAGAAGAUGCCCCGACUAGUGAGCCAUCAGAGGGGCCCAGCAAAGCAAGAGCUGCCCACUGAGUCCAACACCUGACUGUUUGUGAACUGUAAGGCUCUCAUUACAUCUGUUGGCCUCUGAUAUCAUCCUCUGAUAACAUAUAUUGCACAGUAUCAUCUCAGUUUGUCAAAGCAUAUGAAGAGAGUUCAGAUGGGCUCAAUGUUUAACAAGCCUGAGGCAAAGAUGGUGCUUUAGUGGAGUUUGAAAACACCCAGGCUCGCAGGCAUGCGCUGAAUGAAAACAAAUGAAAGAUGUAAAGCGCUUGAAGCCGACAAAGGAAUGAUCCCGUCUAAAAUCAAUGGCUGCUAAGUGCGCCACAGAAGCCCACGUGAAAGCACUAUAUUUUCUCCACAGGCCUCAUUGCCAUUUGAAAGAACCCAUACAGGCCCUCUUCAGCACAUAUGGAUACAUAUCUCUAGCACUAUGUCUGACAGAUCCCAGAUCGUCGCGAGUUAAGACUGGCUAUAUUAAAAAGCUGUCACAUGAAACAAACAUUGUUCAGUGUUAUAUUUAACGUUGUCCUUUGUAUUGUAGUGUCAUUGUUGCUUUUAUCGUUACUUUUGCAUGUAUUUUUGCAAUUUUUUAAAAUCAGUUGGCAUACUUGUGAAGAGUGGAGCUGGGUGACCAUCUCCUCGGCAGGAGAAUAUUUGUUUACUCUCUGUAUCAGUAUUACAGUGACAGUAUUGUCUCAGGAGUUUGUAGUCAUUAGUAGUAGUUAUUUUUGUUAUUUAUUAUCAGCAUUUUUAUUAUACUUGUGUAUUGGUUGUCCUGGGCUCGGCUCAGUCCAUCCAUAUGUAUAUCACAUGAUCAUCAAUGCUGUACAAUGCUCGACUACCAGUGUUCUCAAGUUUGCUAGCUGUCAAUCAAAUCAAAAGCUGUACGCUUAGAACAUUUGUGUUAUGAUCAAUAUUGCAAUUUUCAGACGAAAACUUUUAAAUGUACCGUAAUUGUGUACACAGUGUAACGAGGUUUCCUUAAACAUGGAUUUACAUGUCGUAAAACAGCUUGAGCAGUCAUAAACAUGCAGUCUUAAAAUGAGUUUCCUUUUGCAUAUUUAUACCAAUAAACUUUUCUACCCUGAA